AUGCCGUUAUUCUUGAAUGUUUGGGGCCCAACAACUAGCUUAAAAAAGGAUGGUAUCAAGUCGGUUCCAGUUUGGAUUAAAUUCCAUAAUGUACCGCUUGCAGUUUACACAGAUGAUGGUCUUAGUCUUCUGGCGUCUAAAGUUGGUAUUCCCAAGAGGCUAGAUGCUUAUACUGCGGAUAUGUGCAUUGAUAAUUGGGGGCGUACUAGUUAUGCUCGAGCUUUGGUAGAGAUUAAUGCGGAUAAUGAAUUAAAGAACCAUGUUAUAGUUGCUAUCCCGAAAAUGGAUGAAGAGGGUUUUGUGAAAGAAAGCAUUAAAGUAGAGUAUGAAUGGAAACCUCAACGAUGUGAUAUUUGUUGCUUGUUUGGUCAUAACAAUUCGUCAUGCCCGAGAAUCCACAAAGAUAAGGCUAAGCAGGUUACGAUUGAUGAGGAGGGAUUUAUUAUGGAUAGAAGGAAAACGGCUAGGUACGGUUUUCCACAGAAAAAGCAAAAACCAAAGUUUGUAUACAAGCCUAAACCUAAUUCUGCGGGUGCAAGUACAUCAGGAACAAAAGAUCGGCCGGUAGCUAAACAAGACUCUGAUCCAGUGGACACUCACAAUAAGUUUGAAAGUUUAGCAGAUGAUUCAUUGAAAUCAGGUACUUUAAAUGAGUUGCAUUUGGAGAAUCCGGUUUAUGAGAAGGUGGAUGGAAGCACGAGUAGACCAGUGGAAGCGAGUAAUAAGCAACCGAAUCAGAGUAAUUAUGAGGAGGAGGGUUUUGUAGAUCCUGUCAAUACGGAAAUGUCGUCUUUUAUGAGUAUGUUUUCAAAGAAUAAUCGUUCUGAGGGGGCAAGCACUCCCGGUGAUAUGGGUUUUUAUGGAUAG